AUGUAUCUUGUGCUCAACUAUCUUGAUUUGUCCGGUAAUUUUAUCACCACAGUCGAUGCUGGCUCCUUCGAACCGCUCAAAAAGCUCGAAACACUCAUAUUCGGAGAACGUAACUACAUUAACGACUCUGUUGUCGAUGCUAUAGUGACUCUCAAAUCACUUAAGACUCUCGACCUUUCUCGCGCUGAUGGAAUUUUCGAACCGCCUACGGAAGUUUUUGAUUCGCUUGAACAUCUUGAAGUGCUCAAGCUGAGCGGAUGCAGUGUUUCGUCUCUAGAACCGGGAGUAUUUGCUGCUCUGAAAAAUCUGAAGGAGGUAGGCACCAUUUGCCCAGCAACGGCAAUGUACCGAGCGUGA